UGAUUUAUUUACAAAAUCACACUGUUCUAAAUUUAGAAUCUAUUAAACGUAAAUAAAAACAUGGCGACUCCUUGGCCAAUGCAGAAACGUCUUCAGAAUGAGUUACUUCAAUUGCAGAGAGACCCCCCAGUAGGCAUCAGUGUGAAUCCCAAGACAGCGUCUAAUACUCUUACAUCAUGGAGCGUUGAUGUAACGGGUGCUCCUGGAUCAUUGUACGAAGGAGAGAAUUUUCAACUACAGUUCACUUUUGGGAAAAGAUACCCCUUCGAUUCCCCUGAGGUAAUAUUUACGGGUGGUAACAUUCCGGUUCACCCGCAUGUCUACAGCAAUGGGCACAUAUGUUUAUCCAUCCUAACCGAAGACUGGUCCCCUGCUUUGUCCGUGCAGGCAGUCUGCCUAAGUAUAGUAAGCAUGUUGAGCAGUUGCACCGUAAAGAAACGCCCCCCAGACAACACAUUUUAUGUCAGAACGUGCAGUAAAAGUCCCAAGAAAACAAAAUGGUGGUAUCAUGAUGACAAAGUUUGAUGAGGCAAGAAGAUAGAUUGCCAUACCUAACUACAGCAACUCAGCACGGAUAGCUGUGAGUCUUAGCAUAGACAGAAAAGCUUGUACAAAUUUGGUUCACUUCGAAUACACAGAGACAAGACACUUCAGAGUUUUAUCCACAGAGAAAUCAUAGAAAAUAAUUUUAAAAGCAAGGUUGGAAGAAGAGGAAAAUCAAAAUGCUUUAAAUAGGAAAAUGACUAGUACAGGCAUGAUUUUCUUCCUACAUACAUUAGUUCGACUUCCGUUAUUUUUUAUUUUUUACCCUGAAAAUUCAGGGAUUUUUUUUUUUUUAAUAGCCUGAAUUCAAUUCAAUUCAGUUCAAUUAAUUUAUUUGUCCAUUAAAAAGAUAAAAAUGGAAAUUGAUGUGUCGGAACAUUGAUUAAAGGUCCAAGACAGAACACUAAAAAAAGGAAUACAGUAUAAUAUUGGGUGCGUUCAUUUAGCAUUGGCGUCAUACCAGGGGCUCACCCGGGU